AAUUUAUAAAUAAGAAUUUAUCUAUCGAGAGAUAAGUCUCGUGUGAUUGUUAAAAGAUCAUCGCCUGAUCUGUGACAUCACAUAUCAUUGAUGAACGAUCCCAUCCGUAUACUCGUUCUAAUUGGUGUAAAUAAAUAAGACCAUUAUAGCGUCAUAGAAUAAUACUUGAACUUAGAGGACGAAUCGAGAGAAAACGACCAAUGAGAAGCCGAUGUAUAUGAUUGAUUCUGGAUCAUAAAUAGGUGUGCGCGUGUAUCGAUUUCAGUAUUUUUGUAAAGAUGUCGGAAGAAAUACUUGUUACCACCUCCGAUAGCGAUAGGGAAAAUAUCAACGAAUUUAUCGUCCCGGACGGCGAUUUAACGAAAAAAAUAGUCGAUUUAAUCGAGUUCUAUUUUUCGAACGAAAACGUUCUAAAAGAUAAAUUUCUUCUUAAACAUCUUAAAAGGAACAAGGAAGGAUACGUGAGCAUAAAGCUGAUGACUUCUUACAGAAAAGUCAAGACUUUAACAAGAAACUGGCAAGUGGUGGCUUACAGUUUGAAUACUUCGGAAAUGUUGGAAGUGAACGCAGAAGGCACUCGAGUUCGUAGAAAGGAGCCACUUCCCGAAUUGGAACAACCGGUUUGUUCGAAAAGUGUUCUGGCAUGCGAUCUGCCUUUCCACAAAGCUACAGUAGAAAAGGUUGGUGGUCUUUUUUCGUCUUGCGGCGAAAUUGCACUAUUACAGAUAUUGAGACCGGGUGGUAACGUCCCAGAAAAUGUCAGGAAAUUGAGCUGCAAACAUCCGAAUUUAUUAAAAAACGUUUGCGCAUUAAUCGAAUUCGAAAAUGAACUUUCCGCGCAGAAAUCUUUGCAAGUUAAGGAUGUUCGAGUGUUACCUUUGCCAGAAUCUGAAACGUGCAAAAACAAGAGGAAGAAGCCAAAAUCGAAACCCAAAGACAUUAUAAUUAGCCGGAACGAAAUUCAUUCCGGAUAUCGCUCUUCUAGUGUUUCUUCCGGUUAUCUAUCUUCCUCUCCUAGGAGAGGUUCUGACUGUGAUAGCAGAUGUAACUCACCCGUAUUAAUCACCAACUUUAGUCGAAGAUACACUCUUCCAACUGUAGUCAAUCAGAACAGAAGGGAGAACAGGUUGGAACUGAUUUCUGAACAUAAAAUUUCAAAUUACAUAUUGAGAUUACCGAAAGGACCAGAUGACACUAAAGGUUUUAGAAGCAGGAAGGUUGUGGUGAGGGGGAGUUUUUAAUUCUCCUCUUGUAUAUAGGUUCAAUCUGAAUGAUAAAUCAAAAUUUUUCAACGUAGUAUAAUCGGGCAAAGAACUUAGAAUGGAAAAUAGCACGA